AAAGCAACCAGGAAGCGAAUCGCCCUUGACCCAGAAAGCUGUUUACUGUUUUCCUCCACAAAGAAGAGUUCCACCUGUACGUACACCUGAACAUCUGUACCUCCUGGAAUGGCGUGGAUAACCUUAGACGUUCAGCUUCUCGUACAGACGUUCCUGUACGCCGCAAACAUUGUGCUGGGACUAGCCGUCGCCGUACCCCUCGGGAUUACAAUUGGAGAUUUUAAUGGACAAUGUAUUCUCUACGCGCACAUCGAUUGGAACUCGUUAACGUUCAUGACAUCCAACGUCGUCAACUGCCGGUUUGGAAUCUACGUCAGCGUAUGUUUCUGUGUACUCUAUGCCCUUGGGAUGAUCUUCUACCAUGUGUACCUCCUGACAAGAAAUGAUCCAAGCAUUGGGUCAAAGAUGUGGGUGUUCCCUUUCAUCGUGGUGAAUUCAGUCGUCGCUUUUGUGACGUUCAUUUCUUCCUGUAUCAUCAGCGUUGGCUUCAAGACGUUCUGUGAUGGCUUCCUAAAGGGCAGAGAGAUGGGUCACAUUAUUAGCAGCUGUGCCGACGGGGAGAAAUUCACGUGGAAUGCAGACUACCGGACUCACUCUUUCUACACUUACCUGACAGUAACACAGAUUGCAACAUGGAGCACCCUCCUGGUGUGGGUGCUUCUGGUAAUCGAGGGCAUCAUCAGAUUUCUAAGGAACAGACGCCAGGCCAAUGCACAAGCCACCUCUGACCUUAAGAACUUUGCAGCCUCGGAACCAUCAGCAUAAUAAUAUGUCACAGUUUUCGUGUCCGUGGCUGGAUCGACAAGAACAAACUGUGCAUACCUUUCUUUGUAUACAGAAACAGUUUUCAAAGAUGAAGAGUACAGUGACCUUGACCUCGCCCUUAACCCAGUAGGUCGGGGCAUGCCGUUUGGAGGUCACCUGGUGACGUUGUUGUUGUAGGUGUGAAUUGUUUCUAAUUACUUCGAGAGUUGAUUGCCUGACUGUUACCAGGUAAUGUCCAUAUACUCUCUGAGGCUUCUAUCAUAUAUAUAGAUCUCACUUGGAUGAAGGUCUCGCACUUGAAAAGGUAAUGGAACUCAUCUGCUAUAGCAGGUGAGUUACAGAGAGGACAAAGUCUUUCACCUCUUGGUACUCCACUCCAACGGCCUGUUUCCACAGGGAAGUUAUGGUUUGACGCAAUUUCAUCAGCUGUAAUGAUAACGUCUUAGGAAGAAGAAGGUAUGAUUCAAUUCCAAAAGUCUAUUUGAAAUAGCAAUAAUAUAAACCUUUAGGGCUUGCAGAGAUAUUGCCUUUCCAAUUUUGAAAGAACUGGUCUUUAAGAAUUCUUUCAGCGUUCGAAACUAACCAUGGGGUGGAGUACCCAGAUGGAGUAUUCCAAAUAGGGUUUAAACCAAUUUAAACCAAUGUUAUUUAAGAUACUCUGUAUACAAGUGAGCCAUUGUUAUUAAUUUCAAAAUCUAACCGAACAAAUCGAAGCAUUAUUUGAGUGAACUUAGUUACACCUAUUUAGAAAUGUAAUUUAUGUCAAAAAUGUAACAUACGCUUGUAUAUCUUGAUAUAUAAAGGUUCUCUUCCUAGUUUCCCAUAUACCAUAAAAUUUGGUGUAGACUUUCGUAGGCCGGCAGCGAGCUUAAGAAAUUUUAGAUGGACUUGUUCAAUUAAGUGUAGGUUUUCAAACCCCCAAACUUCUGAGCCAUGUUUUUAAAUUGGAACAACCAAAGUGUCAAAUGCUGAGAAUAAACAGUCUAGAGGUAAGUUGAUAUUUCGAGAAUUGCUGAGUAGACCAUACCUUGCUUUUUGUGCAUUUUCGCAUAGAGAUUUUAUUGCAUAUAUUAAUUGUCUAUUUCUAUGCAAGUUAAUUCCAAGAUAAGUAUAGUAAUCAACUAUCUCUAAACAAUUUCUACCGUAAAAGAAGGCAAGUUUUGAUGAUAUAGCAGGAACGCCUCCAAAUAUAACAACUUUAGUUUUCGCAAUAUUAACGUUUAACUUCAUCAUAAUACAAUACUCGUUAAAACCAUUUAAGGACUUCUGUAAGCCGCCUAGUGUAACAUCAAAAAUAGCAGUGUCAUCAGCAUAACGUAAUACAAUGACUUGAAUCCACAUAAUAACAUCUAAUACCUGUUCGACAAACGCACAGAUACAAAUUAUUCCGACAAAAUGCAUGGAACUGUUUUGCCCAGUCUAAAUUCAGGAACCAAUCACGGAAAUAUCUACUUGCAAAACAUAGAUUAGCGUGUGUUAUGUGAUAGGACAGUUUCGAUUUUUUAGGAAGGGUUCCUUUUGGCUUUUUGUUCGUUCGGCUGUUUACUUAUAUAUUUGAUUGCUCAUUUUUCGGCUCACUUGCACAUAGAAUUUAGAAGUCUUGACCUAACUCAUUAGCACAUUAGAGAGUUUAUUUCUCACUCGUGCCUUCCAUCUUGUCGCAAAGGGUUAACUUAUCGCACUAAAGGAUAUGAUCUGAGUUGUAGAGACAUGGCAACUUCUAAUGUGCUUUCAGUGUAUUGUACAUUUAUCAUCACAACAGCACUGUGCAUAUCUAUCACUUUGAUGUAUAUUCUUUCAAUGUAUGUUGUGUGAUGGGACGCACUUUUACCACCUGUGGUGGUGCUCAGGCAUGAAAUGAUCUGAUCUGAAUUAUUUGGUGAAAACCUUGAGUCUUUCUGCUUUCUUGACGGUAUCAGCUUGAGUUGAGUGCCGCACUCAAAUAUUCCAGCUAUAAGACUGUAAAUAAUCGUGUCUGAACAAGACAAUCUAGUGAUUGGGCUUUGCUUGACGGUAUCAGCUUGAGUUGAGUGCCGCACUCAAAUAUUCCAGCUAUAAGACUGUAAAUAAUCGCGUCUGAACCAGACAAUCUAGUGAUUGGGCUUUGCUUGACGGUAUCAGCUUGAGUUGAGUGCCGCACUCAAAUAUUCCAGCUAUAAGACUGUAAAUAAUCGCGUCUGAACCAGACAAUCUAGUGAUUGGGCUUUGCUUGACGGUAUCAGCUUUGAGUUGAGUGCCGCACUCAAAUAUUCCGGCUAUAAGACUGUAAAUAAUCGCGUCUGAACCAGACAAUCUAGUGAUUGGGCUUUGCUUGACGGUAUCAGCUUGAGUUGAGUGCCGCACUCAAAUAUUCCAGCUAUAAGACUGUAAAUAAUCGCGUCUGAACCAGACAAUCUAGUGAUUGGGCUUUGCUUGACGGUAUCAGCUUGAGUUGAGUGCCGCACUCAAAUAUUCCAGCUAUAAGACUGUAAAUAAUCGUGUCUGAACCAGACAAUCUAGUGAUUGGGCUUUGCUUGCCGGUAUCAGCUUGAGUUGAGUGCCGAUACGCUGAUCGAAAACCGGUAUUUUGACUUGCAUUCGGAAAACUUCG